AAAUCCUAAAUUUCUCCAGAAAAUAGCAUUCUUGCAUAAACAAUCAUGCCCACAGGUAACAGGAAGCAGAUACUUCAACAUAAAGCUUAUUCCCAUUGUCAGAUAAUGGUUGUUUCCUAAAUAAACGUGUGGUUUCCCUGAGGCUCUAGGUCAUUGCCAGUUGCACUUUUUUUUAAUUGGUAAGAACAGCAGAUGACGCUUCAUGGUAUAUAAGUGCAUAAAAGACACAGGAGCACAGAUAAACAGAACUACCGAGCUGCGUGGAUAGAAGAAAAGAAAAGGGUUGUUAAGCUGCUGCUAGCUAUGGCAUUUGGAGUGCUAAUAUGUAUUUUGCUAAAAGCAACAGUGGCACUGAGUGAAGAGGCAGCUAUUACCAUUUCAUCACUCACUACAGAACUAUGGAAUAAUUGGACAAAAAAGGAUGCAGAAGAGUAUACAGAAGGAGCUGUAUUCCUGAAGCUUAUGCAAUCCUGUCUUGAAGAACACCACAGUUAUUGUAUUAAUGGUCUCUGUGCUUUUCAUAAUGAACUCAAGAAACCCAUAUGCAAGUGCCUUGCAGGCUACAAUGGGGAGAGAUGUGAGCACUUAACAUUAAAUUCUUUUGCGCUUGAUUCUUAUGAGCACUACAUUGCAGUGGGAAUUGGCGUUGGAAUGUUACUGAGUGGGAUUGUUGGCGUAAUCUACUGCUAUUUUAGAAAGAGAUGCAGGAAGUUAAAAUCACCUUACAAAGUCUGCAUUGGGGAGACGGCAUUGUGAGAGCCUGACCUGGGACCUUUCCUAAUUUGCCUGUAGAGGUUCUGAAUUGAAAGAACUACUGGUGCCAGCACAAUGCGAGCAUGUACCAGAGCCUGAAUGAUGACCUGAAACACUGGGAAUUGAAUAUAGUUGAUAUGUCAGUGGAAUGUCUGCAGAGCUGCCUGGCGUCAUUCAUGUUG